AUUAUUAAUCUAAUUUUUUAUUGGUCAAAAUAAUACCCUUUCUUAUGUGGCGUGCCGAAUUCUCUUCAAAAAUGCCUACUUUAUUUAUAUAUAUUAGAUUAAUUCCUUUUUUUUUUUUUUAAGGAAAUCACAUAUUAAUAUUGGUUCUAGUAAACGUUACUCUUAUAAAAUUUACUAAUUAUAAAAUUAAAAGUCAACUCAAAAAAUAACCUAACGUUCUGGGAACUUCAGACCCCACAUACCCCAUUCCCGUUCCCGUACCACAUUCCAAAACGUACCACGUUCCGUGUAACAUUGGGUAGCAUGAUUGAUAAUAUCCAGAAGCUUACUGAUUGGCUGAACUUUUAAUGUGAAAAUAUUCCUGCAUUUACUUUAGGCCUUUCUGGCACAAUUGAAUUGAAGACUUCAUUAGCAUCGGUGAUGUACUAUGGGUUUUCACUGAUAAAGUUUCUCCUAAUGGUGCUGAAAAAUGUCUUUUAAUACCCAGGCAAAGUCUGAAAUUGAGAGUCCAAUCCAUGAGGAAAUGUAUUCUGCAUUAUCUGGCGAAAAGGGCAUUGUAUGUAAAAGUGUUCAUAUAGAAUUUAUGGAGUUGGUUUCUAUGUUUGGAGGCCCUAAUGAGAAGACAAGAGCCACUCAAUUGGUCAAGCUUCUCAAGGUUGUCCCUGAUACUCCAUCACCACGCAUGAUGGCCCUCCCAGUCACCAGGAAGCUAGCCAUGAAGAAUAAGGUUACUUUUGGCACUGGAGAUUAUUGGGGUGUUCCAACUUUGACGGCAAACAUGGGAUAUGUGAGAGCUGUCUCCCAAACUGGAAUGUCUUUAUUCACUUUUGAACAUAGACCACGGGCUCUUGUUGGUGACUAGAAUUUUCAAAAUAACUUAUAGAAAGUUGCUAGAUCAUGUUUAUAAUGACCAUCUGUUAUCAAAAGCCUGGUCACCUGGUCAUAUGAGUUUUUAUAUCAACACUCCUGUAGGUUGUAACAAUCAAAUGCUUGGCACUUAAGAACUGCAAACUUUAGAGGGAAGUUAUUAAUUCUUGAACACUAACGCCAGUUGGUGUGGCCUCCAACAAUACUUCUUGUGGCAUAUCGUUGCCUUGCUGAAAAAUAUGUUGGUGAGUUGACAAAGCUGAUAAAUUUGACAAAAUCAAGGUAAGCUGUAACAUUUAGUCUUGCUUUACUUGAAGUACUAUACAGUUUAACAAAAAGUACCUAGCUACGCUAGUGUCAAAACAACAUUGAGAAUUGCAUCGCUCCAAAGAAGUUUCAUCUUAUGUUCUAAUGGACACUUUAUUAAAUUACUUGAGCGUUAUAUUCACUAACUUUUCCCUGAGAGCAAAAAAAACCCUAUUUGGCUAGAAAUACAGUGGAAUUUAAUAUUUUAAUAUAUAUUAUAGAUGCUGAAAUUACUACUGUAAAUUUUAAAAUAAAACUACUCUCCGUAGAAGAAGAUAAUCAAUGUCUACCAUAUAGUAUGAACCAUUAAGUAAUUUCAUCAACUUCAGUAAAGUUUUGGUCAAUUUUAAAAGAGCUGAACAUGGUCGGGUAGCAGUGUUGCCA